AGACUCAGGUGAUGACUACAAAGGCUGUUUUUCCUAUACCUACACUGAAUAGAUGGGAACAGGGUCUUGCACCAUGUUCCUAGAGUUUCACAGACAUUCUGGAUUCCGAUUAGACAGCAUGACAGAAGACAACCAAACUGAUUUCUCCCAGUUCCUCCUCCUGGGCCUGCCCAUACCCCCAGAGCACCAGCACCUGUUCUACGCCCUGUUCCUGGCCAUGUACCUCACCACCGUCCUGGGGAAUCUCAUCAUCAUCAUCCUCAUUGUACUGGACUCUCAUCUCCACACACCCAUGUACUUGUUCCUCAGCAACUUGUCCUUCUCUGACCUCUGCUUUUCCUCUGUCACAAUGCCCAAGUUGCUACAGAACAUUCAGAGUCAGGAUCAAUCCAUCACCUAUAGAGGUUGUCUGACACAAAUGUACUUCUUUCUGUUUUUUGGAGACCUUGAGAGCUUCCUCCUGGUGGCCAUGGCCUAUGACCGCUAUGUGGCCAUCUGCUUCCCCCUUCAUUACAUGAGCAUCAUGAGCACCAAGCUCUGUGUGAGCCUGGUGCUGCUGUCCUGGGUACUGACCACCUUCCAUGCCAUGCUGCACACCCUGCUCAUGGCCAGAUUGUCAUUCUGUGAGGACAAUGUGAUCCCCCACUUUUUCUGUGACAUGUCUGCUCUGCUGAAGCUGGCCUGCUCUGACACACAUGUUAAUGAGUUGGUGAUAUUUGUCAUGGGAGGCCUCAUCCUUGUCACUCCAUUUGUGCUCAUUGUUGUGUCCUAUGCACGAAUUGUCUCCUCCAUUCUCAAGGUCCCAUUUGCUCGAGGCAUCCGUAAAGCCUUCUCCACCUGUGGCUCCCACUUAUCUGUGGUGUCACUGUUCUACGGGACAGUCAUUGGUCUGUACUUAUGUCCAUCAGCUAAUAACUCUACUGUGAAGGAGACUGUCAUGGCCAUGAUGUACACAGUGGUGACUCCCAUGCUGAAUCCCUUCAUCUACAGCCUGAGGAACAGAGACAUGAAGGGAGCACUGGGCAGAGUUAUUUGUAAGAAAAAAGUUUUCUUCUGUCUAUGA